AUGCAGGCUUUGGAGAUGGAAAGCGUCAGCCUCAUCAACUCGCGAAAUCAAAAGAAGCUAGGAAAGCAAGGUUCCACUGGCGAUGACGUAAUUCUGGCUGCAGCAAUGCGGAAAAACUUCAUGACCAAAGUCAUGGUCGUUGCCGUCUUGGCCAUUCUGGCUCUAUUCUACGUAGCGUCCGCUGACGACGCUCCCAAACCAAUUCAGGAUGUGAGUAAAGUGGGGGGUGAUGGCAUUGACGAAAAUCCGGCAGUCGUCGGGACACCUGCCGAAACCCCAGUUGCACCACCAGUACCCCUUCCACCACCAACUGAAACUCCAGUGGCAGCUACGACUGAUGCUCCAGUGGCGGCUAUUACUGAUGCUCCCGUCGAAAGUCCUAUGGAAGCACCCGUGGAAACUCCCGCAGAAGACAAGGCAACCGACUCACCAACAGCUGCUCCCGUAGAAGACGAAAAGCCUGCUCCAGCUGCCACUGCCAAGGCUGGGAAGAAAUUGUUUGCAGAUGGGGAAUACAUGUACCGCAAUUUUGCCGAAGUCAAGCCUCUGAUCGAUCAUCCACUGCCAGAUGAUGAGACUAGAGAAAAGAUCGAAGAACAAUAUGGUAAAUGGGGUUUCUUUGAUGGCGACGAAGACAAUCGACCAACCAAUGACUAUUUGGCCCCCUUUCCAAAUCGUGACAUGCCUGGUGACGAGAUGCCCGAAGAUGCCUGGCAAGUGGAUGCCGUCUUUGUCAAUCACUACUUGGAUGCAGCCAACAAUAUGCUUUCCAAAGCCGUCGAAGCCAUUUAUGAAGAACUUGGUCAUCCCAAGCCUCCUGAUACAGAUGGCCAAAUUGCUCGCAAGAAAAUGUUGCAUUGGUCCAAAGUUGAUCUUUCCGGAGUAUCUGGGCCACCACCAAAGUAUGCCAAGAAAGGAGACCGGGGUGAUGGAGGUUGGACUACGGAACGAAGUUUUGAUGGUCUGGUUCUUCGUCUUUUGCAUGCCAUGAUGACCUCGGAUACCUUUACCGUUGUGAUGGGCGGACACUCGGCUGCGGCUGGACAAGGAAAUCACUUUCGACAAAGUUACAUGAUGCAAUUUCACAAGGUCUUGGAACCUAUCUUUGCUCGCCUUGGUGUCAAAUUGAUUACUAGAAAUGUCGGAAUGGGAGGACUUGGUACCGUUCAUAACGGGCUUGGUUCAGGUUCAAUCUACGGUGACGAAGUUGACCUUUUGAUUUGGGAUUCUGGCAUGACCGAGGGACAAAGUGGGGCACAUGUGGAUAUCUUUUUGCGACAAGGUUUGAUUGGCGGUAAUCGUGUCCCAGUGGUUUGGGGCGGUAACUUUGAUUUGUUGAAAAUGCUCCACGAAGAAGCCGAUGCGGAUGUUGGAGAAUUCGGUUGGGGCACAGAUGCACUCCUUGAAGCAACUAGCCAAGAAGAAUUUGAUGCCCUUCCCUAUUCGCAAAAAGGAAUGAAAUGUGAGGACACCGUCAAGAGUUUGUGCGAUGCCGAACCUCGAUUCUGUGCCAAAUGCUGGAUCGAUCGUGAAGACGGAAUCAAACCAGAAAAGAACCAGAUUCCCAAGCCAAAGGGACAAGUCAAUUGGCAUCCUGGAUGGAGAAUGCAUCAACUUAUUGGAAGAACUAUGGCCAUGGGAGUUCUCAGUGCAUUGCAAGCAGCCGUCAACAAGUGGAACGAGAAUGUCAUGGGUGGCCCUCCUCUUGCCGAUGAAUACUGGCAUGUAACCGACUACUAUGAUAAUAUUCGGGAAAAGGUCAAAAAUCUUGACAAGGCACUUGGUGAAUGCUACAAGGACGAAAAUUUGCCUGAUCGUGUCUGCAACACGCCGAUGAAGGCUCGUACACAGUACACACCCAGAGCAAAUCCUGAAGAGACCAGUCUGACCAGCAUCAUCAAACCAACUGCUGAUGGAUACGUCCCAAAGAAUGAAAAGAAGGCUUUGUACGAAGGACCUGAUGCUCACAACGAAUGCUAUGAUCUACCAGAGGGAGCCAUUGAUAUUUUUGACGUGAUGGUCACGAGAAGAAGAUUGGAUGCUGUACCCACAGGAGAUGUUCCUACGGAAGGUGCGGUGGCGAAGACAGAGGCGGAACCCUUCAAUAUUCACACAGAUCGACAAGUAUCAACUCGAAUGCUUGGUGAUGACGAGGUUGUACCUGGAAAGGGAUGGGAGAUCUGGGGCGAACCACAAGGUUACUGUGACGGAACGUACAAUGCUGUGUGUUCACUGGAAAGUGACAACGAAUGUGCACUCUAUGGCCACCAUGAUGCCCGUGGAGGUAUUAUUGGAAACGAAUUCUCAGGCUGGUUGGUUUUGACGCUGGAAGACUUGAAGGAAGGUCUUAUCAUGAUCAAGCUACAUACAUGGCAUAGUCCGGAUGAGAGUACAAUGACCAAGGAUUGGACCUCCGUGAAUAAUGAGCCUACUGGUCGCAGACUUCGAGAAAGAAAUCUUUCAACUGAGACUGUUCUGAAUGACCAAAGAUCUCUCGGAGUGAGGUCCACCGACACUGUCGAGCUACCAGAUACAUUUGUGUUCGAAUACGCAAUCGAUGGAAAGGUUACCAGCUUGUCCAAGGCUGACUUCCUCGAAAAGAAUCAUCACAUCCAACGAGUAGUAGAAAUCUUGACCUUGCUGGAUGACAAGGAAUUCACAUCAGAACCCAAGGAUGUCGAAGUUGCCAUUCGAAUGAAAGGCUGCGAGCGCGUUUGUACUUUUGCAUUGACGCAUAUCUAUUGGGCAUAA